GUAAGAUGGAUGUUUCACAGGAAGCAAAAAAAAACCCCUCUCUGUUCCUUGUCUGUGUUCAGUUACAUCCCACCACGACGAAAUGAACCAAAGGAAAUGACUUACUUUAAGCGUGAGGCCAGGGCCCCGGAGGUCUGCACGUAUGACCGUCUGUUCCACCAGGCUGAGGGUUACGAUAACAAAGUGCACCGCGAUGACAGAGAACACAGCAAAGGCCGAGGAUUCGAUAUUUUUACGGAGGAGAUAUCCAGAGUUGUCCCAGUCCGAUCGUCUUCAGAGUACGGCCGUCGCCCUCCUCCUGCCCAGCUGCUCCAGCCAGGCCAGCAGUAUGCCCGUGUGGCUACUAUGCAAUCCGAAUUUUUCAAGAAAAAUGGGAUCACCUGGUCUGUAGCAGAGGGAUACGGAUCAGUGGUCCCUGUUUGAUACUGAAGUGUCAAAGUAUGACAAAUUAGCCUGAAGCUGUACCAUCAGUGAGCGAGAGAGCGUCAUCUGAAUGACUGAUCAACUGACUUUCCUGAAUUUGGCUCCUGAUGAGCACAUCUUUCGCCGUGGGAAAAAUAACUCAUCUGCUGACA